AUGGUGAAACGGCCCAAGACCGGCCAACAGUCUCCCUCUCCCCUUGUCCCAUCGAUUCCCCCACUCGUGUCCCUUCAGGAGUGCUUCUUCCGCCUGUUCGAGUCGGAAAUCCAUGCCACCAUCAUGGCCGUGUGCAAAGAGUGCUUCUUCCAUCUGUUCGAAUUGGAAAUCCAUGCCACCAUCGUUGAAAACAAACUCUUCAAGCGAGGGGAAAAGGUCGCAGUGGCUGCGUCAGGGGGGAAGGACUCCACUGUGCUGGCGCACAUCAUGUCUCUCCUCAACGCCCGCCACGACUAUGGCCUGCAGUUGUUUCUGUACUCCACCGUGCUGGCUCACAUCAUCUCCCUCCUCAACGCUCGCCACGACUACGGCCUGCAGCUCUUCCUGCUCUCCAUGUUCUCUCCAGCUCUUCCUAGAAUGCAUGCAGCGCAUGAUUCCUCAGCCCAUUGUUCCCCCUCCGCCCCCCUUCUCUCGAACACCCAUCCCCCAGACUCCACCGUGCUGGCUCACAUCAUCUCCCUCCUCAACGCUCGCCACGACUACGGCCUGCAGCUCUUCCUGCUCUCCAUGUUCUCUCCAGCUCUUCCUAGAAUGCAUGCAGCGCAUGAUUCCUCAGCCCAUUGUUCCCCCUCCGCCCCCCUUCUCUCGAACACCCAUCCCCCAGACUCCACCGUGCUGGCUCACAUCAUCUCCCUCCUCAACGCUCGCCACGACUACGGCCUGCAGCUCUUCCUGCUCUCCAUAGACGAAGGCAUCACGGGGUACAGAGACGACUCGCUAGAGACAGUCAAGCGGAACGAGAAGCAGGUGAGUCUGCACCUCUUCCUUCUCUCCAUUGAUGAAGACAUCAUGGGGUACAGGGAUGGCUCACUAAAGACAAUCAAGCGGAACGAAAAGCAGUACGGCAUACCGCUCACCAUUCUCUCUUACAAGAACCUCUACGGAUGGACCGUGGAUGAGAUAGUGGCGCCUAUCGGUCAGUCUGUGCCUCUGUGUUUCUCACCCCCACCCCCACCAUGCUAUGCAUACGGCAUUCCCCUCACCAUCCUGUCGUACAAGGACCUCUAUUGGUUACUGUGCCUCAGUGCCUCUGUGAUUCUUUCCUCCACCCUCACCCUGCACUACACACUGCAGUACGGCAUCCCUCUCACCAUCCUGUCGUACAAGGAUCUGUACGGGUGGACCAUGGAUGAGAAAGGCCGUGCAGAAAAGCAUAAAUCUUUCCCCAUCUUUUCGCUUUCUCUUCUCCCCUCCCCCUUACAUGCAUACGGUAUCCCUCUCACCAUCCUCUCACACAAGGACCUGUACGGGUGGACCAUGGAUGAGAUAGUGGGGCCUAUUGGUCAGUCUGAGCUGACUUUUGAGUCGACUCAAAAGAUAGUGGGGUGGGGCCUAUUGUACGGCAUUCCUCUCACCAUCCUGUCAUACAAGGACCUGUACGGGUGGACCAUGGAUGAGAUUGUCGCAACGAUUGGCCGCAAGAACAACUGCACGUUCUGCGGGGUGUUCAGAAGACAGGCCCUGGACAGGGGAGCACCGCUCCUGGGAGCGGACGAUCUCGUCACGACGGGGCACAACGCGGAUGACUUUGCCGAGACACAAAGUAGAAUAAAUAUAUUCCCUUGUAAUCCAGCAUUCCUUAACUCCUCUCCUCUUCUCCAACCCCCUCGCUUUUCCUGCGCUCUUUCCUCACUCCCUCCUCUCUCCUCCUUACCCCACUCUUUUCUUCCCCCUUGUUCGUUCCUCUCCCUCCCUUAUCCCCGCUCCAUCCGUGCUUUCUCUGUUUUCAUCCAUCUCCCCCGUUGCUCACCUCCCUUUGUCAUCCCACGAUUGCGAUCCUUCCCCGUGCUCCCCCUCCCCUUCCCCGUGCUCCCCCUCCCCUUCCCCGUGCUCCCCCUCCCCUUCCCCGUGCUCCCCCUCCCCUUCCCCGUGCUCCCCCUCCCCUUCCCCGUGCUCCCCCUCCCCUUCCCCGUGCUCCCCCUCCCCUUCCCCGUGCUCCCCCUCCCCUUCCCCGUGCUCCCCCUCCCCUUCCCCGUGCUCCCCCUCCCCUUCCCCGUGCUCCCCCUCCCCUUCCCCGUGCUCCCCCUCCCCUUCCCCGUGCUCCCCCUCCCCUUCCCCGUGCUCCCCCUCCCCUUCCCCGUGCUCCCCCUCCCCUUCCCCGUGCUCCCCCUCCCCUUCCCCGUGCUCCCCCUCCCCUUCCCCGUGCUCCCCCUCCCCUUCCUGUCUCCCCCUUGCCCCACCACUCCUUCCAUCUGUUCCUCACUCCCUUCCACUGUGCCGACGCUGGGUCCCAACGUGCUCGUUGCUCCCAACGUGCUCGUUGCUCUUGUUUUGAAGGUUACCAUGAUUGGAAUGGGCACCCUAACUAAACAACGCCUAUCGUAUCUUGGCACCUUCCCCAGUACUUAUCACCCGCUUCUCCUACCUAAAAUGCAACAACCUCCUUCUCUCUCCCCUUCUCUCUCCCCUUCUCUCUCCCCUUCUCUCUCCCCUUCUCUCUCCCCUUCUCUUCUCCCCUUUGCUCUCCCGUGCAUGUGCGUGCAGGCAUCUAUUCUCCAGACGCCUAUCGAGGCUUUGCCCGUGAAUUUAUCAAGGACCUAG